CACGGACGACAUCGAAGGUUUCAGGGUGGGGGCUGCCCAGAAACUAACUGCGGCUUGCAGAUGCAAACGAGGGCCAGCAUCGCAUAGGCCGACAUGGUCACUUGGAGCGAUCGAAGGAAUGACAAACUUGAAGACUCGACCAUGGCCAAAAUGGGAAUGGCAUUUUUUGGAGUGAUGUAUCAUGGUUGUUAUCCGGAUAACAUCGGAUUUAUCCGAAUAUUCCCCAUCACUACUGCAACAUGAUGCGUGCGCCAGUGGUGGUGGCAAUUGGGCUGUCGGUGGCUGUGUCGUCGGCAGUAGUCGCUUUGCAUGUGUAUCGGUUGAUGAAACAGCUACAAGCAUGUCAAGACGCGUUAGAGAAGAAGGAAUCCGCCCGCAUGGAGGAGCGUGUGGGUCGAACGGCCGUUGAAAAGGAGCUGCGCGCUAUCCUGGAGGCCAAGCUGGAUGUGUCCGCGGGGUACUACGUGCAGCCGAUCGCGACGGUCCAAUCUUGCUUUGCGCAAUGUUUGGGCACACCACGACAGGGCCUGCUGGCUCCGUUGACCCGCGGUCGCGUCCUCUGCCACCGCAACAUCUCUCCAGACACGUUGGACGGAUUGAGCGACUUUAGUCACGUGUGGAUCACGUUCGUGUUUCACGCCAACACGAACGGCAAGAACGCUCGAGCACAUGACGGCCUGCUUCGACGGCCGUCGUCUAAGACCAGCCAUACCUUCCGCGCCAAGAUCUCGCCGCCCAUGUUGAAGCGUCGCAUGGGCAUCUUCGCGACGAGGACGCCGCAUCGCCCCAACCCCAUCGGCAUCACUUUGGCCAAGAUCGAACAGGUGGACAUGGCAGCCAAGUCGAUUUGGGUAUCUGGAUUGGAUUUGGUGGAAGGGACGCCGGUGCUGGAUCUCAAGCCCUAUGUCCCCAUGUACGAUAGUUUACCGUAUAGCAAGGUGCCGACCUGGAUCCAACAGACCGUGCAUUCCCAGAGGUCGACCCAUAGAUAGUAUACAUGUACAUGGCAGAUGAUGCAUGAUGAGAAUAGCGUGGUGCGGUUUGAUGAAGGAAAGCAAGACGCGAUGCGCCAGUGCUGUGCAGCUCAUUCGGUCCACUACCAACAUGAGCCCGACGUGAUGAUGGCAGGUACUUUGGUUGCCAUGGUGGUGGUAGCAAUCUGAACCCCAUGCGUAGCCAUUGCGCAAGUGCUGGCAGUGGACGUGCGCAGCCAAAUGCAAACGACAAAGAUGCAGGGCAAGAUGAACCUGCUGGUGUUUGACAACGUCCACGUCAAGUACACCGUCGAAGCAGACAACAGCCUGUGCGUGCACGAUAUCCACGCCGCUUUGACGCCAUCUUCCUCGUUCACAAGUGGUGUCGGACCUCUUUAACAAUGGACGCUGCAACACAAGACCAUGGUGACUUCCUUGAUGGACGUCAUGACCUUCCCAAGAGUGGAAACUCUUCGCCGAAGUCCACCGUGGCAGUUUCAGAAUUCCAUCCGGAUAUAGUAGAUGCGUACGUUAUAGGGUGGUUUCGUCAACACUUGAAAGUGAUGCUAUGUUUCGA